AUGGAGGGGCACGCGGUCAGGGGGCCGCUGCACAGGCAGUGGGACUUGGAGAGGAAGCACGCCAAGCAGGCUGAGGCCAGGCUUAGCCAGCAGCUGCAGAGACUCGAGCGGACCUACCUGGGCCACCUGAGGCUGCUGGCCUGGGAGCAGCGGCAGCUGCAGAAGCAGCUGCAGAGGCUGCAGCAAGGUAUUCAUUUCCUCAAAGCAGCCGGCAAGGGAAAGUGCCCCUCCUACUCCGGGAACAGAGUGCAGCAGAGACCAGGAGGUGCCCCCGUGCGCCCGCAGCAGGGAGGGGACCUCAGGGCCCCCCGGGCCACUGGAGCCAGAGCCCUGGCCACCAACACAGCCCAGGAAGCACGUGGGGGCUGCCCCCGGGCCUCCUCCCGCCACGAUGGCCUCGGGGGCCCCGUGAGAAGCGAGGAGCAGUCGCCGCCUCAAAGCCAUGUGACCUCCCACCUCACAGGGGAGACGCCGCCCAACCAAGCCGUCGCCCCCGGCUCCACAGCCCCCGGCCCCGAGGCCAGCCCAGCCGGUGACCAUGGCAGGGCCCUCGGCGAGGCCAGACCAGAGGCCACAGGCCUGCAGCCCGGCCUCAGCGCCGGGGAGCACACGUCCCCGGGGACCCCCUCCUUCCGCGAGGUGUUGGCAAGGGCCGCCAACGCCCAUUACCUGCGGCACCGGGUGCCCCCUGAGGCUGAGCGGCUGCUCAGCAUGGGGGAGAUAUUUGGGCACGGGGGUCCCGGGACCCCACGCAGGGCGCCUGGAGGUCACCUCUCCGACCCUCCCGUCCCCUCAGAGUAACACGUCAGCCACUAGAGACACGUGCGCAGUUUUAUUUCCGACCGUUUCC